UUAUGAGAAAAGUUCCCUAUAUGAUUUUUUCCCAAGAGGACCACUCCUUCCAAGACAAUACCGCUCAUGUGUAUGAACUACCAACACGUUUCUUCAGUCUUGGUUUGCAUCAAAGCAGUUAACAUCAUGGCAUGCAUUUUUGGAGACAUCAUGAAAUAGACACUACGGGAGCAUCGGAGAUGACAACAAAACAGGACGAUUUAACUGGUGUUGAAGCCUCUCAAAAACUGGCGGAGAAUGAUCUGGCCCGAAUGGAGAAAUACAAGAGUUUGAUCAUUAAAGUUGGCAAAGCAAAGAAGAUGGAACCAGCUGUGAUCGCCGCCAUCAUAUCCAGAGAGUCCAAAGCUGGAGCUGUGCUGAAGGACGGGUGGGGUGACCAUGGCAAUGGGUUCGGCCUCAUGCAGAUUGACAAACGCUACCACACUCCAGUCGGUGCAUGGGACAGUGAGAAGCAUCUCACACAAGCAACCGCUAUACUCAUUGACAACUGUCAAGCAUUAAAAGCCAAAUUUCAUCAGUGGUCUCCAGAGCAGCAGUUUAAAGGAGGAAUAUCCGCUUACAAUGCAGGUGUAAAGAACGUCCGGUCAUAUGAGUAUAUGGACCUGGGCACCACUGGAGAUGAUUAUGGGAAUGAUGUUGUUGCCAGAGCCCAGUGGUUCAAAAGCAAGGGUUACUGUUUGUGAUUUUCAGAAUGGCAGCAUAGUUUGUCUUGUGAUUAGAGUUACUGUAGUAAUGAAAAAAAAAAUCUGACAAUAUGUCUUAAGUAGCACACAAACAUUUUUUGUAAAAGCCUACAUUGUAUGAGUCAAAAUUUGCAAUUUUUCUUUUAUGCCAAAAAUCCUUAGGAUAUUAAGUAAAGAUUUUUUUUUGUGAGUGGAUGGCCUGCCACAGUGCAUCCAAUUAACAAAGGCAAUUUUCUCAAUAAAUUGUUUUUUUUUGCAUCCUGAGAUUCACGAGUUUCAAACUGUUGUAUCUCUGAAAGAUAUUGUCCUAUCUAAUUAUAGCUUAAUUAUUCAGCUUUCGGAUUGUGAAAAUCUCAAUUUCGAAAAAUAUCCCAUAAGGCUGUUUUGUGGUACAGGUUUAAAUAUGAUGAUGAUAGGCAUUAAUCAUUUCAAUUGUUUGGUCUCCCAUCAUAAUUUGUGGUUUAUUACAAGUUUUAUUUGAAAAUGUUAUAUAUUUUUAAUAUCUUUUUCAUCUUUAUUUGGUCAAACUAUGAUUUCACUGUA